AUGUCCUCCCGCAUCCUCUCCCGCGCGCUCCCCCGCGCCUCUGGCCUGCCCAUCCGCGCCGCCCGCUCCUUCCAGACCUCCUCCGCCCUGCGCGACGCCGCCGCCGCUCCUCUGCCUGCCCGGAAACCCGUCGGUGCCUUCCGUGGAGGUCUCUUCGGCUUCUUCCUCGGCAGCUCCCUCGCCGGCGCCGGCGUCUACUCGUACCUCCUCCAAGAAUACAAGACCUCGAACGAGCUCCUGACGGAGGAUAUCUACUCACUCCAGGCCGCCGUCCAGCGCGUGACCAACUACGUCCAGGCAUUGGAGGAGAAGAUGGAUGCCCUCGAGCGCAAGAGAAAAUAA